ACUAGUGAAUCACCAUCAUUUUCAGAUGAAGAACUUUCAAAAAUUUAUGAAAAUCUAUCUACUCCACUUUCCGCACGUUUACCUAACAAACUAUCUCCUGGUGGCAUAAUCGAUAAAUUAGCAUUAUUAACCCCAAAUUCUCGUGAAAGUCGACAACUACCUUUAUCAGAAUUGCCAUCUGCUAAAUUAAUACAAGAAUCUUUAGAAAAUGACAUUAUUCCUUUGAUGGAUACACUAGAAAAGGAAGAUUUAGGUUUACAGCAUUACAAUAAUGUUAUGUAUGCUUGUGCUUUAAAAAAGAAUGUAAAAUUGGCAGAAUUGACAUUACAAAAAAUAAAGGAUGUAGGAUUAACUCCAAAUGUUUUUACAUAUGAGCAACUAAUAAAUGCUUAUUCGAAUGUGGGAGAUGUCAAAAAUGCUUUAUCUACAUUUGAUAUGAUCGAAAAUGAUGUAGAACGAGCUUUUGAUCUGUAUCAAGAGAUGGCAGAAAAAGGGUUAUGUCCAACUGAUAACCCAUCAUUGGCACCUAAUUUAGCUACAUUUUCAAAUUUAUUUUUGGUAUAUUCUGCUCAUAAAAUUUCUAAUCAACCUAUAAAACAGUCAAAACAGGAAAAUAAAGAGUUUCCACAUAAUACAUUACCUGUUCCCACUGUGGAGGAAGAUAACGUCGAGAACAAUCAAAUUGAAAGUAGCCAACAUGAUAAUGACGAAAAUCAUAAUAUAUUUGUUGCAGAAGAAAUAAUUAAUAACACCGGAAGUUUAGUAGAAACCAGCACUGAGAAUAUGCUAUCAAAAUAUAAGGAUCAUUUACUAGUUAUUGGAUCUGAUAUCUAUCCACUAUUACCAAAUCCUCCAUCAACACAAAAACAAAUUCUUGUGGAAUCAACUAUUUUAUUUAAUUACGUUCUUUCCGUUAUUGAAUCUUCCGAUUCUACAUCCUUAUCAACCACAAAAUUCUCACAAGAAGCUUGGAACAUUUGGCAAGAUUGGAAAACUUGGUGGAAAGAUAGAGUGGACGAGAUGAAUGGAUUGAAUGAACUUGACCAAUUGAAAGAAAUUAGAAGGCUUGCCAUAAAACUCUUACAAAAGCUUUCAACCACGCAAGUUCCAAAAAUUGAGGAUUUUCAAUUACUUCGACAAAAGACGAUUGAAAGUGAGGAUGAAUUUGCAGAAAGUAAAAUAAUGGAAUUGUGUUAUUUUGAUGAAGGAACUCCAAAGACUCGUGUUAAAGAAUUAUUGGCCAGAAAAUGGAAGGGUGUCAAUGUUUUACCCGGACAGAUUGGAAGACGAGUGUUAGAAAAAAAAUUAGGAAUUUAUGAUGGCAGAAAUAAAUGGGGAAAGAAAAAAAGCGUGAAGGGUGGUAAGUCAAAUAAUACUAAAUGGGUGGAAUAA